GAAUUUUUCAAUAAUAUUAAAUAAAAAAAAAAAACCUAAAUCUUCAUCAUCUUCUCUCCCGAGUCUCCUCCACUCUCUCCCACUCUUUCUAAUCGCUACUUUUCUCUGCAAAACCCGGUGCCAUCUCCGGCCAACCGGUUCGUCUUCCAACGAUCCGAACCCAGCCCCAACUGCCCAACGAUCCCAGCCCCAUUUCCGACGACAACAACCCCGACCCUUCCUUGGGGAUCAGCCCCAAGAUCCUCAACCUCGAGACCCUCAAUUCUCAUUUCCCUCUCUCUCUCUCUCUGUCAGUCACUGCCAGCCGCGGCAACUCCGGAGUUCCAAGGGUCUUCAAUCGCGAUUUAAGACUAUUUCGAACUCAUACGUAUGUAGAACAAAAUCCAAACCCUAGCAAUGGAGAAAGAGAAGACAACGAACAAGCGCACCCGGGAGGAGCGUGACCAUCGGAAGCAUCGCACCCGUGAUGCUGAUGACAAAAGGUCUUCUAGAGACCUCGAUCAUGACCAUCACCACCGCCACCACCGCUCGGACCGCGACCACAAAUCCCGUCGAGAGUCGAGACACGAAGACCGCGAGGGUUCGCGAGAAAGAGAAGGGAGUCGAGAUAGGCCCUACGAUCGCGAAUCGAAGCGUGAGAGGUCGUAUGAGCCGAGGAUUGAUGAAAAGGCUAAUCAUCAUCGGGAAUCAAAGCGCGAGAUGUCUGAAGAGAGGGAGGCGUCUGUGGAGAGGAGACAUAAGAGGAAAGAGAGGGGUACAAGUGAGGAUAAUAGGGAUGGGGAUGGUGAGAAGAGGGCUAAGGUUUACGAUGAUGGGAGGAAGGAGAAGAGGCGGUUAGAGGAUAGAGCUGAAGAAGAUGAGCAAGAAGAUAAUGGGGGUCGCCGGAGAUUUGAGGAUGGACAGUUGAAGGAAGUGAAAGAAGAAGUUGCUCAUGUGCAUUUGGAUAAUUCUCAAACCCCUGCUGGGAAUGGUAAAGAGAAUGGGAAUGGUUCACUGGGCAAUGUUGCUGCGCCCGAACCACUGGUUAUGUCAUCAGGGAGUUUACCUGAAACCUCUUUCACCCCUAGUCAUCCCCUUCCUACCAAGGUAUCUUCGAUUUCUACAACACAUGAAAAUAAGGGAGUUAGUAUUACCAGAUCUCAUGAGGUUCCUGGAAAAUCUAGUACAGAUGGGACAUCUUCAACUGCUGGAAAAAGUACAAGUCUGUCUCUUGAUGCUUUAGCAAAAGCUAAGAAAGCUUUACAGAUGCAGAAGGAAUUAUCAGAGAAGAUGAAGAGAAUUCCCCUUUUGAACAAGGGUGUUGGUGCAAGUUCAGAAAAUAGCCGAAACUUUGGUCCAAAGGAGGGGUUGAAGCCUGGAUCUGUAUCAUCAUCAACCUCUGCUACAGCUAUAACCGAGGCAACAUUGAAUUCCUCAAACCAUGCUUCUGGGAACCCUGCAAGUGGCUUGGCUACUUCUGCUGGUCUUACGGCCAUUCCCAACUAUGAGGCUGUAAAACGUGCACAAGAGCUAGCUGCCAGGAUGGGAUUUCGCCAGGACCCAGAGUUUGCUCCUUUAAUAAACUUGUUUCCAGGACAGGCUACAACCGAUGUAGCUGCUGCCCCCCAGAAGCCUACUAAAGCUCCUGUUCUUCGCCUUGAUGCUCUCGGCAGGGAAAUAGAUGAGCAUGGAAAUGUUGUGAAUCUGACUAAACCAAGCAAUCUCAGCACCUUAAAGGUUAACAUUAACAAACAGAAGAAAGACGCAUUUCAGAUACUUAAACCUGAACUAGAUGUGGAUCCAGAAUCAAAUCCUCAUUUUGAUUCAAGUAUGGGUUUGAAUAUAGCUAAAAUCAUGCGGCCUAAGAGGAUGAAUUUCCUCUUUGUAGAGGAAGGAAAGUGGUCUAAAGAUGCUGAGCAUAUAAAAUUGAAGAGUAAAUUUGGAGAUGCACAAGCCAAAGAGCACAGAGCAAAGCAGGCACAGUUAGCAAAGGCAAACGCAGCUCCUGAUAUAAAUCCAAACUUGAUAGAAGUAUCUGAGAGAGUUAUGACAAAAGAAAAACCAAAGGAACCUAUUCCUGAAGUUGAGUGGUGGGAUGUGCCUCUUUUGCACUCUGGUCUUUAUGGAGAUGUUGCUGAUGGUAAUAUUUCGGAUGGUAUAUUAAGGCUGGAGAAAAUCACCAUCUAUGUUGAGCAUCCUCGUCCUAUUGAGCCCCCUGCUGAGCCAGCUCCUCCCCCACCUCAACCGCUCAAGUUAACAAAGAAAGAACAAAAGAAACUCCGUACACAACGGCGAUUGGGUAGGGAGAGAGAAAGGCAGGAGAUGAUUAGACAAGGCCUGAUAGAACCUCCAAAACCGAAAGUUAAAAUGAGUAAUUUGAUGAAGGUUCUUGGUUCUGAAGCAACACAAGAUCCAACUAGGCUUGAGAAGGAAAUUCGUAGUGCAGCUGCUGAUCGUGAACAAGCUCACAUAGACCGGAAUACUGCACGGAAGCUCACUCCCGCUGAGCGCCGCGAGAAGAAAGAGCGGAAGCUUUUUGACGAUCCAAACACAGUGGAGACCCUAGUUUCAGUUUACAAGAUAAAUGACUUGUCGCAUCCUCAGACUCGAUUUAAGGUUGACAUUUUUGCACGACAGAACCGAUUGACUGGAUGCGCUGUUAUCGCUGAUGGUAUCACAGUAGUUGUUGUCGAAGGUGGAAGUAAAUCCAUUAAGAGGUACGGGAAGCUUAUGCUUAGGCGAAUAAACUGGGAAAACGCUGUGAAAGACGAGGAAGAGGACGAAGAUGAAGAAGAUGAUAAACCUCCGAACAAAUGUGUGUUAGUUUGGCAAGGCAGCGUUGCUAAGCCUACAUUCACUAAAUUUUUAAUUCAUGAUUGCAUGACGGAAGCUGCUGCCCGGAAGAUUUAUGCUGAUGCAGGAGUUGUUCAUUACUGGGAUCUCGCUAUUAAUUUUACGGAUGAUCAAAACUAAUUCGAGAGGCUGCUUCGAUCAAUUUUCCUUACAUUUCUCUCUGCGUUGUGUUUGUUAUUGUAACUGUUUCUUUCUUUUCUUAAUGAGAUGCUCAAGGGUCUUUUCUUUCAGAAGAAACACUUGUGUAUUCAUCUUGGUAUCUGAAUUUAGAGUAGACAAACUAUUUUUGUUUGAUGAGCA